AUGGCCUUCAGAGAUCUUAAAGAUUUAGCUGCCAAUCGCGGUGAUUUUAGGAAAUUUUAUGCUGUCUGCGAGCAACUGGAAAAGCGAUGGAGUGAUUGUAAGUGGAACAUCGAAGAGGCACAUUUCUCCUCACAUUUUAGAUCAUCUCAAGCUGACAAAAUCUCCAGCCAUAUUAUUCCUUCAAAGUACGCCGAUCUAGUUCCUAUUCACAGUACUGGAGAUGGCAACUGCCUUUUUAACUCUGCUAGUUUGGCUAUUUGUCAGAAUGAAAGCCGCGCAAUUGAACUUCGACUACGCACGUGUCUCGAGCUCGCCAGAAACAGGGAUUUUUACAAGACGCAUCCUGUGCUAGUGCACUCCAGGAUCCCUUACCACUCUGGAAGAAAUGGUCCUGGUAUUAUGCCAGUUGAAACUUUGUAUGAUCUUACCUGUUUUGACGCAAGUUCAUCCUGUGAAUUUGGGGAAAAAGGUUUUGAUGCAGCCUUUGAAAACGAAAUUACCCGAACAUCGCUAAACUAUUCGUACAGCGGAACUUUACAAAUCAUGGCUCUUGCAAGUGUUCUCGGAGUUCCCAUUCAAACAGUUUAUCCUGAUCAGAACCACAAACUUUUGCCUGUUUACGAAAAUGUUUUUCAACCCAGACAAGGGUGCCAUUCUGCUAACAAUGUACUUGUUCGGAUUCUGUGGACUAACACUCAAGGUUGGCCAGAUCGUUCCAAAGAAUUCACUGUGAAUCACUUUGUACCACUAUUCAAACGAGGAGAUGAGGUAUUCAAGGCGCAAAAUACCGCAAGAAAAUUGACAAAGGAAUCGAACUCUUGGCAUGGUUUUGUCCAAACAAAGCAGUCAAAGCAACAGACAGACAGAAAAACAUUUAAGCAACACAACAGCAAGAAAAUAACUGAAAAUGCUAAACGCAAUAGAAAGGAAAGUCAAAGUGACGAAAUAUCCGGGGAAAACAAGGGCGUCAAAGGUAAACGAGAGAGUACACCAGACAUGAAAGACCGUCCAGAAAAUCUAGGAAAAGAUUAUCAAAGGACCGAAAAUAAUCAAGGGAAUGGAUGCAUCAAGAACAGAGAGGGUAACAAAACUACAGUUCAGCAAGGUGAAAGAAAGACACAAACAAAGAAAAACCUCAAUCAGAAAACGAGGAUAAAGCGUUCUCAGCAGCAAUUGAAGCCAGAGAAGUCAAAGAAAAAAGACGAAGUGAAGACAGCACAAACACAAGAAAAUCAAGGACAGUCAGAAGAAAAAUCACCCCAAUUGCAGGAAGAUAAAGGAGAUAGACCGAAAAAUAAGGAACAGAAGCACGAAGAAAAGUCGGAAGAAAAGCCACCACGAGUACAGGAAGAGAAAACAGAUCGGCCGAAAAAUAAGGAACAGAAGAACGAAGAAAAGUCGGAAGAAAAACCACCUCGAGUACAGGAAGAGAAAACAGAUCAGGCGGAAAAUAAGGAACAGAAGAACGAAGAAAAGUCCGAAGAAAAACCAACCCGAGUACAAGAAGAGAAAAGAGAUCGCUUGGAAAAUAAAGAACAGAAGAGCGAACAAAAGUCAAAGAAAGAAACACCCCGAGUACAAGAAGAGAAAAGAGAUCGGCUGGAAAAUAAGGAACAGAAGAACAAAGAAAAGUCAGAAGGAAGACCACCCCUAGUGCAGGAAGAGAAAGAGAUCGGCCUGAAAAUAAGGACCAAAACAACGAAAAAAAAUAAAUGA